AGAGCCUCCGAGCUUUCGGAUAGCUCCAUGAAGUUGGUUCCACUCGGACGAAGGAUACAUAUCCAAUGACCACAAGCUCUUCCGCAUCUGCUUGCAAAGAGAGCCACCACAUGUGCAGUUAUUUUAGAAUAGUCGCUUCCUCGUACAUAAAGAAGCUCUAGCCACCGUAGUCAGUGUGCUAGCUAGCUAGAUCGUGAUUCUUCAUUCACAAUGACCCGUCGUGUUUGCGUGUUGCUCGGGCUGGUCGUGUUGCUUCAUUGUGCGUUUGUCACCUUUGGCAGCGACGAAGAGUAUAUUCCGCCCGAAGAAGGAUGGACCGAUGGAGAACUGCGAUGUUUGAAUGACAUGGAAGACGCAGAUGGAACCUACGACCAUGUGCUGAACCACCACGAAUACAUGGUUUUUGCGGAUGAGAUGGCGAAUCGGCUGUUUGACAUGACUGAUGCCCUCGACGAGGAGACUGAAUGGGAAUUGCGCGAACUAUUUGACAUUCUAGUGUUACAGAAUCCUUCGAGUGAAAUGUAUGGCGUCGACAUUUUUGGAUCUGCCUAUGGGGCUACGAGAGUCAUCAAUGAAAAACAGGAGAAGUUCUUGAAGCGGGUUUGUCGUGACACGGAGAAGGCAUUGAAGAAGAUUGGACCAGACAGUCCGGACGAAUGAUACGAAACUUGAAGAGGUUAUUGGUACGGAAGGGGGAAAACCGUAGAAGCAAAGGUCGGCGUUUGCGGCGCACAGUUUUCAGCCCCAGAAGAUCCACGGCAGCGAGCCAUACAGCCAUACAGCCAUACCGUACGACUGUACAGCAAACCUUCAAAUUCUAGAUAUAGCUUCCGUACGAGUAGACUACGGUACCUAACAGGUAUAAUACAUAAGAGACAAAGAACCGUUCGAAUUCUGCCCUUACUGCGAGAUCUUUCUCUCCUUCUGUCCAG